GGAAAGUAUGAGUAGGGGUGCAGGUUUCUCUGCUCUUGCCCAACCUGUUGAUGCCAGGUGAAAACAAAACCUCUCUCCCAGUGGCUUCAAAACCUCGUCGGCUCCAUUGCUUCCCUCUCCUUCCUCGUCUUGUACUCUUCCUGUUACCUUGGGCUGGCAGAGAUAUGGACACAUCAUCAGGAUAGAAGGUGCACGGAUACAUGAUAAGCAGACAUUGCUGCACAAACAGAUAAAAUAUUGGAACAUUUUCUAGUUACUCUUCAAAUCAAGAUUUUUUUUGGGGUGUGGUUAAGAGGAGAAAUUUGGACAUUGUUUAGACUCGCAUCCAAAAAGACAAAAGGAGAAAAGACCUGCCAAAUCAAAGGACGGCUCAAAGGAAGGACUGAAUCCCCACGUGGAUUACUAAAAUGAAUAUGGCCUUUUUAUCUGAGAAGUACAAAUCCCUUUUCCCCCUCCUCCUCCUCCUCUAUGUCCCCUUCACCUGUCUAUGCCAGUCAACUAACAGCAGCUCAGUCAGUUCCACAAGCAACACUACAACUACUACCUCUGUUCCCUCAAACGAUACUACCCUGAAGGGCGUACCAGGCUGCGGGAAGGGUCUGCACCCCAUCUACAGGUACUUGUGCGACCGGCGGGCAGCAUGGGGGAUUGUGCUGGAGACCUUGGCCUCUUCAGGAUUCCUGUUCAGCGUGGCUCUUCUCUUAGGCCUGCUGUUCUGGUCCUGUUGGAUCUGUAUCUCAACCCGGAACCAACGCAGCAGUAUCGGAGGCACGGUGGCCUCCAUGUCCAUGUUCUUGUUAGCCACAGCGGGGAUCUUCGCCAUCACCUUUGCCUUCAUCAUCCGUCUCACCCCUCAGACAUGCCCCACCAGGAUCUUCCUCUUCGGCGUGCUCUUCUCCCUGGCCUUCUCCUGCCUGCUGGCUCGCUGCCUUGCCCUGCUGGGCUUUGCGGCUGCCCGGGGCUGGGGGGAGCCUGCUGUGGCCCUGGGGCUCUUCAUGGUGCAGGUUAUCAUCUCCACAGAGUGGCUGAUACUCGUGUUGGUCCGAGACAAGAAGGCUUGUGAGUACAGCCCAGAGGAAUUUGUCAUGCUGCAGAUCUACGUGCUGUGCCUCCUGGCUAUCAGCUUGAUCCUCGCCCUGCACUUCCUGUGCCGCUCCUGCUCUACGUACAGCUACAGCUACACAGGGCCCACCAACCAGCAGGGGAGGGUACAGGCCCUGGUGCUCUGCCUCACGCUGCUCCUCUCUGUCGGCAUCUGGGUGGUGUGGAUCACUAUGCUUGUCAGGGGAAACCCUGAGUUGGGCCGUAGGCCGCGAUGGGACGACCCGGUGCUUAGUAUCGCAUUGGUGGCCAAUGGCUGGGUGUUACUGAUGGGGCAUGGGCUGUCCCAGAUCGCCUUUCUCUGCAGGGGGGAGGCCAAGUCCAGGGAUAUCCCUUUGAGCUUUGCUGGCUGGACCAGCCCUAGUGCUGAUAUUCCAGGACUGGGCAGUCCGAAGGAAGGAAAAGAAAAUGGAAGCUUUGAGACUGAGGGUGACAACAGAAGAGGCAGGAGAGCUGAGCCAGCGCUGCGUUCACCCUAUGAGUCUGGAUUCUCCAUGACAGAAAUCGACACUGACAAGGAUUACACCAUUCCUCGCCCUCAGACCACCAACUACAGGGAACCGUAUGAUGAAUAUUAUGGGCAAGAUUAAAAUCAUGUUCAUUUUCUGUCUGUCAAAACUGAUACCAAAGCCAAAGCUGAGGAUGACCCAGCUCCUGCACUAAUCUGUACUUCAAGUACUUGGCACAAAAAUAUGGUUUUCUCUGUUAAAUAUUCUUGAGCAAAUGUAAAUAUUUCUGUGUAGUGUUAUGAGAAAUGUUAUUUCAAAUCUGUCAGUAGGAUGAAAUCCUCUGUCCUGAAGAGAAGAAAGAAAAAAGGACUCAGCAGUAUGACUCAUCUGCGUGAGUUCAUCAUCAAGGCUGGAUGGAUGGUUUGAGAUAGUCCAGCCUUUCUUCUGGCGGGAAAUCCACAUCACAAAUACUUAGUGGAAGUGAAUCUUUAUGAUUGCAUGUAUGUAUGUGUGUGUGUGUGUGUGUGUGUGGUGUGUGCACAUUGUGUGCUAGUCUGAUAUGGUAUAUAAUAGCCCUGAGGUGAUAGAAGAGGCGUGAAACUGUCACUCUGAAGGUGCCAAACUGCUGAGCAGAGCAGAGGCAUCUGUGAAUGGUAGAGAUGAGGGAUGAAAGGAGAGGGAAUGAGAAGAGGGGAGAGAAAAAAAAACAGCACAGGAAAGGAGAGGAGAUGAGAUGAGACAAGACAGGAGGAGGAUGGGACAGGAGACAUGUCAGCACUGUGGGAGGCUUGUGCCAUCACUGAUUAACAUCUCCAUAUUCAAAGUUACAUUACAGUUGCUGGAUGCUGCGCUGCACCAAAAACACUACCUGUGUACAAAGAGAGAUACGGGGAAUACAAAGUAUGCCUCUUUUCAAUAACAGAUAUCUUAAUGUGUUUUUUACAUUCUUGUGACAAGCGAUGUCAAUAAAAGGUUUGUCUGUAAAAGCUCA